GAGGCGUGCCAAGGGAACCAGGGCGUGGUGGCGCUGUCCAUAAGUCAAUGAGGCGGAUCUCCGAGCUAUAUUACACGUGCGUUGAAAACGGCUUCGCGAGGGGUUCGUCGGUGGAAAUCUACCCAACAGCUUCAUUAUCAUAAUCCACACGGAAACCGGCCCGGCGGGAAUUGCUCCAACAUUACCAGGGGUUUUAUUUUUAAAUUCUCUCCGUGCCGGGUCUUUUGUUUCUGAUAUGUAUAAAUAGGGACGAGUUCUCAGCAUGAAUCAUAAGCAUUCGACUCCCAAGACAGGAACACAGUUGGCUCGAAGCAUUUGGAGUUCAAAACAUUGUGGAGUUCCAAUCCAACUUUAGUUUUUGCCAUCAGUCACUUCGCCAACCUGUUACCUUUGUUUCGUGUCAACUUGAACAUCCACCAACUUAACAUGGAAUCUAAGAUAAACUUCUCAAAGUCCGUCCUCGCUGUCUUCAUGACCGUCGCCGCCCUGUUUGCCGGCCUGGGUCAAGCGAAGAGUGUCGCCGGUAUGAGCGGUACUUGCUUGUCGCCCAUCGCCACGGCAUAUCUCUACCCGCAGACCACAACCCUGGCCCUGCAUCCGAUGCUGGAUACCCCAUUUCAGGACGGCUCCAACCCCCAACAAUCAGCCUGCCCGAGUACAGUCACCUCCAGCGAUCCCCUCAGCCUUCGCUCCACCUGCCCCUUCGAGUACCUCACCAACUACGACCGGGACCGGAUCCCAGCGGCCAUCCAGGAAGCCCGCUGCCUGUGCGACGGCUGCCUCGACGCCUACACCGGUCAGCAAUCCCCGGACCUGGUCUGUCAACCCAUCAGGUACGCCAUGCAAGUCAUGCGUAAGAGCCCGACCACGCCCAUCAACGGCUUCGAGAUGUACUCCCUGACCACGCAGGACAUCACCGUGGGCUGCGCAUGCUCCCGACUCGUUUAAAACUAAUGCCGACCUUAUAAGGCUAAACGGGGCGGGGCUUAAAAGCGCCAUAACGUAACAAUCAUGUUAAUUUUGUUACUCGCUUCGAAAGUCUUUCACGUCACGCAAUGCGUAAUAAUAUUCGGACAGUAACAAACGAAAUGCCAUUAUUUAUUGCAGACACUUAGAUAUUUAUAAAGAAUAAAUUGGAAAGUCAUUUUAUAUGAGCUAUUUUUAAAUUAUUAUAUUUAUAUAACAUAUUUAUAUUAUUUAUUUAAAUUAUGGCUGACCGUGCCUUAUUUUACUGUUUGCAGGUCUAUUAACAUUUUCCCAAAGCAAGCAAUAGUUUUAGAAAGUAAAGAGACAGUGCCGUCUUUUAGAGUAUUUAAGAAGUAUUUAUGAUAUUUGUUGUCUCCAUGUGAGCACAUUAUAUUUGUGUUGAUGUUGCAACUGAAAAACAGCAGCAUGUGCUGCUUUGGUGAAGUAGUUCCGUUUUAAGGAACAUUUUUAAAAACUAUAAAAUAUAGGAAUGACUUGUUCAGGUGAUCGGUGAUGUUUACCUUUUCCAUAAUUAUUUAUUCGACCUGAGUUGUGAAGAGAUAUGUCGUAAGUUAUAUUUAUGCUAUUUAUUGAAGAGUAUUUAAGUAUUUUGAUUUUAAGUACAUACAUGCGAUGUACUAACGCGUAGAGGUUUUAACAAGAGAAUGUAAAAACAAAUAAACGCUUCAAAUUUCCGUGCAAAUGAAGAAUUGAAGUCUAUCGUGAGCCAAUUUUGUAGAAAAAAAAUUAACAAAGUAAUAGUAACAUGGAAUCAUGAAUCAUGUUUGUUUUUAUAAAGGAAAAAUACAAAACUCGCGGUAUACUACCGAAUUCUGCAAAUUCAAAUCCCCUGCAUGUAGAGCAUUUGAAGAAAUUUAUUUUAAUGGUGUUGUUUUGGAAAUGCCGAUUUUGGGACUCGGGUAUUUAAAUAUAUUUAGUUUUUGACUUUCUAUUUUGGGUAGAUAUUUAUGGGCCUAUUAUUUGCCAGCAUCUUUAACCGAGAGUUGUAUAAAUGGUAUCAAGGAUGUUAAUGUCACGAAUAUAAGAAUAUUCCAGGAAUAUUCGAGAGCAAAAUUAUAUUUUUGAAACAACAUAUCCGCACUGAACGAAGAUAUGAGUUCAAAAGUUAUCAGAGGCCAUAACUUAAAAAAGGUAUAUUUUUCCAAAACAAAAACAAACGUAGCGAUAUGUUAUGAUAAUAGUCUUAGUUUUAGUUGUUACACGAAUAGUUUUAGAUAUUUACAUUUUUCAAACACGGUGGUUAAAGCAAAAUUGUAUUAUUGUAUUCAUGUACUCGGAGUACCAAAGAAAAUCUAUAUUUAUAGAAAGGGGAAGCGGUUAAAUGCCUGCAGCUGAGAAGUAAGGGGCAUGUUUGAAAAUACUAAUAAUGAUAUUUAUUUUAUACCAAGAAAGUUGUAUGUAAAUCUGCUGUGCGGUUAAACGUCAAAUAAAUCUGUAGAACAUUAUGCAAAUACUGCAAUAAUUGUAAAAAUGCAACUAUUAUAGUACAGUAUUUAUACUUAAAGAAGAAGAAGUAUACUUUUUUUUUUAUAUUUUAAGAGAUAGUUUAAGGUAUUCAGACUCUAAAUCGCCUCUGUCAGGGGUUAGUUUUCGCAUAAAACUAUAUCUAAUUAAAAUUGAUCAAUAUCUGACCUAUGCUGUAAUCACUUAUACUCAGAGUUCUAUGCAAUAAAUUAUUUAUUGGUGGCCCGCA